AAGGAUGACAUUUCUAACCAUGUCGAUGCUUCUACACACGCUCUGAUUGAUCCUCGGAUUGGCGCGGGCCACGCAGUCUUCCGGGAAACCUCUCCCGUAUGUUAAGUUUUUCCAACCGGUCGUCGGAUGUUAUACUUUUCGGAAGAAUUAAGGAGGCUUUCGGUGUCUCUUCUUUCGGGGCUCGAUAGUCGUUAGUUCGGCUUCGUUGAAGUUCGGAGAAAAGGCGGGAGAUUUACGCAAUAAGAACGCCAAAAAUGAUUCACUUUGUGCUUCUUAUCAGUCGACAAGGAAAAGUGAGGUUGACAAAAUGGUAUUCUCCUUAUUCCCAGAAGGAAAGAUCUAAGGUGAUUCGAGAGCUCAGUGGAGAGAUUCUCACAAGAGGCCCUAAGCUUUGUAACUUUGUAGAGUGGAGAGGAUACAAAGUUGUAUAUAAAAGAUAUGCCAGCCUCUAUUUCUGCAUGUGUAUUGACCAGGAAGACAAUGAAUUAGAGAUACUUGAGAUAAUUCACCACUAUGUUGAGAUACUGGACCGCUAUUUUGGCAGUGUCUGUGAGUUGGACUUAAUCUUCAAUUUCCACAAGGCAUAUUACGUACUGGAUGAGGUUUUAAUUGCUGGUGAACUUCAGGAGUCGAGCAAGAAGACAGUUGCACGUCUUAUAGCUGCACAGGAUUCUUUAGUGGAGACAGCCAAAGAGCAGGCCAACUCAAUAAGCAAUAUGAUUGCUCAAGCAACCAAAUAGGGUUCUGAUUGUAUUAGCCUUCUGUUGAUAUGUUGUUUGAUGAUUGAAAUUCAUAAUCUUUCUCCUGUGUGAUUAGACUAUGUUGUCAUGAUUCAUAUGUUCUGUUAUCCCUUUGUGGUUCCAUUGUUAGAAGCCUCCUGUGAGCUGCACUAUAUUGUGAAGCUUUCUAAAUAGCAGACAUGGUUGGAAGUCUUUUUCUUUUUCUUGUGGGUGUGGGGGUUGGGGGUCUAGACAUGGUUGUAACUUGUAACCCUUUGUAAUUGACAAGAUGCUUCCAUAAUCUCUAGAAUUGGAAUGUGAGUAUUAUUUUGCCAA